CGCAAGCUCGCCAAGCUGCGGGCUGGCGGCUACCGGGCGCGGAGCUGGAUGCCCGCUGCAAUGGGUGAGUGCCGGAGGCUGGCGAGUGGGCAGCACAGGCCUUCCUCCCGGCCUGUGGGUUGAAGGAGUGGAAGCACGAAGGACGGUCUGAGGAGGCCGCCCGGCCCCGGCCCUCUGGCGCAGCCGCUGGGGCCCACCCCUCUCCGCGCGCCUGGUCGGUCCCGCGCGCGCCCUCCCGGGUGGGGCCCGAAGCCGAAGGAGCCGGCGGAGGCGCCGCGCGCGCGCGCGCGCGCAGGGUCGGUUCCUCGCCCACUCGGCUCCCGGCUUUCCCGCGGGUCCCCAGACUUCCCGGGGCUUCGCGGGGCGGGGGGUGCUGUUUGGCUUCUGGAGCGAGCCUUUCUGACGGAGGAGACUGCGUUCUUUCGGACGCGCCCCGGCCAGGGAGGUGCCUCCAGCUGUAAAGCGGGGAGGAGCUGGGCUUUGCAGGGCCAGGGGAGAGCGGCGCUGGCGGCGCUAGGACGCCGGAAGGGCCCCUGCCUUUCGGGGUUUGGGAUUCCGGACCGCCGGAGACUGUUGACUGUCGGAGACGGAAGGGCCUUCGGUGAUCCUGCCCAGUCCCCAACCCUCCCCCUUAUCCCGGAUUGGGGAUAUGGACCCUCAGAGGGCGCAUGAUCUAGCAGAAAGAUGGAUGCCAGUGGCUAUUUUAUUUUUCUUUCUUUGGCAAGAUUGUCACGGAGCCUGGAUAUUUCAGGGAAUCCAGUUACCAAAAUUGACUCCAGAAGAAAGAACCUAACAGACCAGUAAUAAUGGAAGAAAUUUGAGAAAGUUACCAAAAAGCUACCAUCCCCCAAAACACCAAGCCCAGAUGAUGUUACAGCCAGUGGAACACUGACACCUGAACUUGGCAUGAAGAUGGCACUAAAAUUGGAAACUUGGUUAAAAAUAUCCUUCAUGAAGAAGAAAGAUCUUAAGCAACAUGGUGGAUUCAGAAGCUCAUGAAAAGAGGCCGCCCAUCCUGCCAUCUUCCAAACAAGACCUGUCACCUCACAUUGCAAAUGUGGGUGAAAUGAAGCAUUAUCUGUGCGGCUGCUGUGCAGCUUUCAACAAUGUAGCAAUCACAUUUCCCAUUCAGAAGGUGCUCUUUCGGCAACAGCUGUACGGAAUCAAAACCCGGGAUGCAGUGCUUCAGCUGAGGAGGGAUGGCUUUCGAAACUUGUACCGCGGCAUCCUUCCCCCACUGAUGCAGAAGACCACCACACUGGCGCUUAUGUUCGGUCUGUAUGAGGACUUAUCCUGCCUUCUCCGGAAGCACGUCAGUCCCCCUGAGUUUGCAACUCGUAGCGUGGCAGCGGUACUUGCAGGGACAACAGAAGCAAUUUUCACUCCAUUGGAAAGAGUUCAGACAUUGCUUCAAGACCACAGGCAUCAUGACAAAUUUACAAACACUUACCAGGCUUUCAAGGCACUCAGAUGCCAUGGAAUAAGAGAAUAUUAUCGAGGCUUGGUACCUGUUCUUUUCCGUAAUGGAUUCAGCAAUGUCCUUUUCUUUGGCCUUCGUGGCCCCAUUAAGGAGCAUCUGCCUACCGCAACCACCCACAGCGCUCAUUUGGUCAAUGAUUUUAUCUGCGGAGGUCUGUUGGGUGCCAUGUUGGGAAUCUUGUUUUUUCCAGUUAAUGUUGUAAAAACUCGCAUGCAGUCUCAGAUUGGUGGGGAGUUUCAGUCUUCUCCCAAGGUGUUCCAAAAAAUCUGGCUAGAACGGGACAGGAAGCUGACAAACCUUUUCAGAGGUGCUCACCUGAAUUACCAUCGGUCUCUCCUCUCUUGGGGUAUAAUCAAUGCGACUUACGAGUUCUUGUUAAAGAUUAUAUGAAAGAAACUGUCAGUUAAGUGCCAUUUAUUAACUGAAUAGACCUAAGAAGAAUGCAAUUUGGCCUUGUUCCUAAUUGGCCAAAUACAGGUUGGUGUCACAAGUUCAGGGCGUGAUGAAUUAUGGGCAGAGCUGUUCUCUUUCAGCAGCAACAAAUUCAGAAUAAAAGGUUCUAAUAGGAAAAUUUAAGGGUUUUUUUAUUUUGUUUUGUAAUCAUUAUCUAAGAACUUUAGGCUAGUUGCCUGGUUAAUAGCCGUCUGUCUGAUGGCUUUUGACAAGGAAAGCUAAUAGCCAAGAUAAUGGUUCUUUUCCCCAAAAGUCUUUAAACCUUCUGUAUUGAAACAUCAGUGGCCAUAACCAGCCAGAGAAAAGGCUCUUCUUAGAGCCCUGUGAAUUCUCAGGCUUCCUUCUCUUACUCCAUUUCUUGCUUCUCUGCUUUUAGGAGGAGCUGCAGAGGGUGGUCUUUGUUAAACAUAAGCAUAAACAUGGUAGGACAGAGAGGAGCAAAACACCUUAUGAGGUGUAGGCUUUUCAUGAUCCAUGGCUUGUGUUAGUUUUGAAACUAAGUACCUGUUGGGAUAGUCAUCAUCCAGACUGUUCAGGUGUGGUAGGGCAGACCCAAGUAGCUGGUGAAAGCUCCCAUUUUGCUUUCUGAGUUGGAAAGUGUUAUGUUCAGUUCUGAAUGUGACCUUAAAUCCUUUGAAUGCCUUUAUGUUAAUUUCACUUACUUCAUUGCCAAAAGAUGGGGAGACUUACAUUUCGUUACAGACGUUUCAUCUUGUGAAGAAGUUUCACAUUAAUUGCAUAUGGAUCAAACUCUGGCUAGUUCAGUUCUUUGAUUAAUUGUUGCCAACUUAGUGAAGAGCUUUGGGAGUUUGGAGAGUGUUUUCACUUUGAGUCCUAGUUUCACAUAUUGAAGUAUCCUGUUCUCGAAACUGUCCUUUAAAAAAAAAAAAAAGAUAAAUACUUGCAUAAUACUGUAUUUUUGAAGUCUGUUAAUGGGAUUCUGUAGACUUUUCCCUCCUGGUUUCUAAGUGUUAAAGAGAAAAAAAAAAAACCUCAGGAUAGCUUUCACCCCACAGUGUUAGUUAUCUUUUUUAUUUAACUCUUGGAAUGGAGACUUCUAUUAGGAUUUUUACAUUUUGAGAACUCAGUUUUACAUUUUAUCAUUAAAGCAGUUUGAGGUGAUAAAAUCUAAAUCAAGAUAUUUAGAGGGUUAGUUUUAAAUGCUAGAAGUUCGUAAUAGCUGGAUAGCAUACUCCUCCCUUAAAUAACAGAGAAAAACUUACUUGUCAAAGGAAUCAGAUUUUAAAAUCUUUCGCCCUGAUCAGUAAGGCAGAAUGCCUCCUAUUUACCAAUUGAAUAACUAAUAAAACCUGAAACAUCCUAGAAAAGUGGUUUAUCAAUCUUAAAAAUUCCCGUCUGUAAAUAAUGUAGUUAAAAUUGCUUGCCAACAUCUGACACGGCAGAGUAGUUAGGUUUCUCAUGACCAAGCUGUCCUCAUUCUGGGUAACUGCAUAUGAAUAUGUGCAUACACUGACUAAGACAAAAUCUGCGUCUCCACUGGUAGUUUACUCAGUUUCCGGGCAGAUAGUCCAAAAGAGAUGUUUACCUCUCAAUGCACUGUGGCUGGUCACAUGAACAUCUUCCACCCAUAAAGGAUUGGGAAGCAUUAUCAAGCAUUUUCCAGGCAGUAAUGAGGCCCAGUAGCUUUACAACAGCCCUGUUUGAAAAUACUGUGUUGGAAAUGGCAGUUUACUUUGAAAACCAAGAUGCAGAUGUGAGGAUUUCAGAACACAAGGAUUUGACAUCGAAUAAACGUGAGUAGCAUCUUUGGCUUAUUGAAUAGAGUCUGGCUUUGAAGCGGGUUGAGUUUUGGGACAUGAAUGACAGGCACUGGUGCCUGAGCACCAACGGGUCUGUGUAGGUGCUCGGCAUCCACCUACAUGAGGCAGCUGGGGCCACGGCCUGGCAGCCGGCUUCCUGUUUGUACACUCCAGUCAGACCAUAGAUACCCACGUUCUGAAGCACUUUUGUGAAAUACAAGUGAAGUGAGAAUUUGAAAAGGGGAUGCUUUGGUUUCUGCAGUCUCAAACUUGUGGCAUUUAAAAACAAUAAAUAUUUUUAAUGAUUUUAACUCAUAGUACAUUUGGAUUUCUUUGUCACUUUUGAAGACCAAACUGCAAAUACAUUACCAGGGAUGGUUUUGUGUUGUCCUGUAGACCUUUUAAAUUUGACAAAGUUCAGCAGAACUUGCUUAUGGUAGCCAACAGCUUUGAACCUUAAAAGAAGUCAAAGCGUGUUAUUAAUAAGAGAUUCUAACUAUUGUUUUUUUACCUUCAGUGUGAACUCAUAGUAGUUUUGAAAAGGCAAACAUGAUUAAAUAAGUUUAUCCGAAGAGCUUUAAAAGUGGCCUUUUUGUUACAUAGGUGGCACAGACGGCUUAUGAGCACAGGGCCCUUCUGGUCCUGCCUCCCAUACUUGAGCUCUGAUGCCACCAGGAAUAUGUGAUGGAUUCUGUAUUUAACAUGCUUAGGAGCCCUCAGGACUGCAUCACAGAGUAAACACAACCUUUCUAUGGUGGCAGAUUUGUGUGUCUUUGUUUCAUUUGUGGUUGGAGACAGUUGAUGUUUUUGUCUCAAUAAUCAAUAUUCUUACCUUAUGGUUGGUUAUGUAAUCACCUGCUGUAUAUUGUAAACUGUGCAAUAAAACAGAAUUGUGUACAUAGAAUCAUCUUUGGAGACCUGAGCUUUCCUAUUUCCUAGCUCGAUGACAGUGGUAAUACUCCGCUCUAGUGCUGUGCAAACACAUAAGGGAAUCCUGGGUGGCAGACAGGAUGUGUGCAAUGGGUCACCUGAUCACGCUGUGCUGGAAAUGGCAGGUCAGUGCAGAUAAAAUUGUGUAGUGAGGAAUAUGCAGGCAAAAUGAAGGCGAGACAGGCCAUCACAUGUGAAGAAAGGGUGAGCACUCAGAUUUUAUUUCCUUUAAGAUACUGUUUUCUCAUGUGCAUAUAAAUACAUAUCAAAGACUUGAAAAGGCAUUCUCUUUAAAUUUGAGGACUUUUCAUUUUUAAUACUCUUUUUUGCUUAAUAGUAAGUAAUUGCUUGCCUGAGUGACUCCCAAAUUGUGGGGGAGUCUCCACAGGCCUCUUAAAGUUUCAUUAUUAAAAGCGGUUAAGCACACAAAGCUGUUUUUGUUUGAUAUUUUGAGUUUUGUGACAGUUUAAAUGAAAUCUGUUAAAUGUGUCAAAGUUAACAUUCUUCUUUUGGUAAUUCUGUUUGGAAUAAAGUUGUUUGUUUUUUUUAAGUC